AUGUCAUUCUACUUCACUCCGAUACAGCUCACACCGUUGGAUCACAUGAUGCCAAUUGCCUACAUAGCAUUCUUCUAUGGCUUUCUACUCGACGAUCCAGAAAGAGCCGUGCCUGUCAUUGGAGACUCUCUCCAUCGGCUACUCCGGGCGAAUCCAUUUCUGGCAGGGAAUUUGAUCAACUCGAAUCAUGGUCACGAAGCCCCCACCGUGCGAGCUGUUCAUCCGCCCACAGUGGAAUCCUUGCGCGAAUUUCCCAUUCUACGAGUGAGACAUCAUGAGGAUCGUUACAUGGCCGGCCAGUACCACGGGUCCACCUGCUCUGACGAUCGAUUUUCCAACAAUUUCCUGUUUAGCGAGGCCUAUCUGCCAGUCCCCCUCGCCGCAGCGACUGCCCAAGAAUGCCCCAUCAUCCGGUGGCAAGCGAACAUCAUGCGAGAUGGGCUGAUCGUAGCGGUAUGUUUCCAUCACUCCGUGCUGGACGCUGCAGGAUUCUAUAUCAUCCAGGCUGCAUUGGCGGAAUGUUGUCGAGAGCCAGGAAGCGCAAGGCAGGGGCCUUCCCUGGGAGCAGAUCUUCUGAAAGGGAGACAGAGGAUUCUGGAAACUGGCCUCUCGGGUGGGGUCAGUGGAGGAUUGUCAGCGGGGCGCCUGCAGGACCUCACGAUAGCUGACUUCAAUUGUGCACAAGGCCUGAUCAGCCGGCGUCUGACAUUGAGUGCUGCCAGAAUCGCGUAUCUGAAAACAAUGUGUAAUGCACUCGUCCGGGGACACAUGGAGAACAACCGCGUAUCCUCUGAGCCCAGGCCAAUACUGUCGUCAAAUGAUAUCAUAUCCGCUAUACUAUGGCUUGCAAUUAUGAGGGCGCGGUAUCGACCCUGCUCAGAAACCCUUAAGGGGCAGGGCGACUCGGCCCAGAGCUCCCUCAUCCUGAUCACUGAGAUUCGCCGAGCCCUGACACCGCCACUGCCAAAGUCUUACAUUGGGAAUGGGAUCGUCCAGACUGCGACCUUAUCACCCAUCCGGUCUGCUCUGGAGUUCGUAUCUCAUACUGCACAGUCACCCACUCUCACGACCAACGGGCUGCAGGUUCUUACCGACCUCGCCCUCAAGGUCCAUGCUACGUUUUUGUGCGUGGAUGAUGCUUCCGUGAAAGCGCUCAUCCGGGAAAAGCAAGAAAGUAUCGACUGGAGUCCAAAGUUCAGGCAAGCAGACGUUACAUCAACCAGUCUGCGUCGCAUGGGAGUGUAUGGGUUAGACUUUGGCGCAGUCUUGGGAAAGGUGGUGGAGUUCGAUAGUCCAGAUAACAGAAUUGACGGGACGGUCUGCAUGCUACCUGCUCGGAUGAAUUCGGUCCCAGCACCAUGGGAGGUGCGGGUUACUUUGCAGCGAGGGGCCAUGGUACGACUUCUUCAGGAUCCAUUCAUGGACUGGUUGAUGGGAGAUGCGUCGACAAAACUGUGA